AGUCCUUAAAAGUGUAGGCCAUUUGAAAAGGUAGGAGGAGAUGCUAAGAACUAUGCGCUUUGAGAACCUCUGCUCCACCGUGCAGCUGAAUGGAUGGCAGGCUAUGCUGGAUGAUAGCAAUAAGUCAGGACAGGAUCACUGGGAAAGAGCUCAUUUACGCUCCUUAUGGCUUUAUAGAGCUGUAGUGAAGGGAGACACCAGAGGGCUUAGAACCCUCCUAAAAAGGAAUUAUAUUGAUGUCGAUGUGUUUUACAAUGUGAGCCAGGAGGAACUCGAGUGGCAGACUCAAUCAGAAACUACAUUUGGACCCUCAGGUCUUUGGUCUCUGGAGUAUAAAAGGGAACUGACAAGCCCUCUGUGCAUUGCUGCAGCACAAGGUUUCACUGAAUGUCUGCAGUAUUUACUGGAGCACGGAGCGCAUCCUAACCUUAUCGCAGGAGGAAAAGCGGCACUUCAUGAGGCCUGUGCAAAUGCCAACACUGAAUGUGUAGAGCUGCUGCUGGAACAUGGAGCUAAUCCUAACCAGAUGACAGAAGAGGGACUGACUGCCUUACAUCUCUGCAGAACACCACAAUCACUACGUUGUGCAAAAGCCUUGGUAAGAUAUGGUGCCAAGGUAAACAUUGCCAGUGAGGAAGAGGAUGAAACACCACUGCACGUGGCAGCUAGACAUGGUCUGCCCCACCAUGCCCAGCUGUACCUACGAUUUGGAGCCUGUGUGAACCAUGGCAGCUCUUCAGGUGAAACACCACUAGGGGUGGUUUGUGGAGUCACCCCAGAAAAGAAAGACAGCAGCCAAGACGAACGAUACCUCGAGCUGUGUCGUCUCCUUCUGGCCUAUGGAGCAAACAUUAACUUGGCUGAUAAAGAACACCGCAGUCCUCUACACAAGGCUACCCGCAGUGUUCAGCACAAGAUGGUGGAGCUUCUGUUGGACCAUGGGGCAGAUAUCAAUGCCAUUGACUAUAAUGGAUGUUCACCACUCUCUAGUGUUCUGCAGAGCUCUGUGGUUCGGCAGGAGUGGCAACCACACACCCUUGUUCAGACCUUGUUAAAUCGUGGCUCUAUUAAAGUCUGGCCACAAGCCCUGCUGAAGGUACUAACAGCCUGUGCUGAGGCACCUAAAACAGUGGAAAUCCUGUUUAACUCAUACACGCUUGUUCCUGUAACCUCCAGAUGGGUUGAGGCCAUACCUGAGGAUACUUUCCAUCUUCACAGACCCUUUUAUGAAUCUCUUUUGCACUGGAAUAUAAGCCACGUAGUUUACGGCAUCUGUGUCGGUCUGCUCUGAGAAAACAGUUUGGAAAGAACUGCUGGUCAAUCAUUCCCAAUCUUCCUGUGCCAAAGUCACUGCAGCGGUAUCUUCUCCUGGAACCGGAAGGAUAC